AACGACAACAGACCAAGCAAAGUCACAACGACAACUCCCACUGCGCCAGCACCGAAGUCUUCUGGUGUCAAUAGCCUCAGGCUAUAGAUGUAUCAGAUACUGAGAGCGAGGAUGAGAUCCCGGCAAGCGCACCAACCCCCAAGAAGUCAUCAGGCCGCCCUUCGAUGAUCCCUACACGAGGCUCCAGUUCUGGAAAGCGUAGACGUGGCACUGAUCCAAAUCCUCAGUUUGGAAGAGAGGGUUGCAAGACCCAAGUCUCAACCGGCCCCACAACCAUACCAUUCCGCUAUCGAGAAGGCCCGAGUCAUCAAAACAUGAACUACAACAUGCUCGACCAAGGCUUCUCCAAUACGACGAUGCUCCCCAAGCAUUCGACCGCUCCUGGUCUGGUCACCAAGCCCGGAAGUCUCCACCUACAAGCAAGAAAUCACCAAGAACUGAUGGCGACGAUGCUCCCCAAGCAUUCGACGCCAGCCGUCUGCCUCGUCCAGGCGCCUAUCGCAGUCGCCUUCGUCGGUCCCCAAGGUGCUGGCAAGAGCUUAUUGUUGUGCCUGGGUGGCUGUUGUGCGCCAUACCGCCGUUGCUGGUCCCCAGAGCCAUCAUGUUCGGUGACUUCCAGACAUUAUCCACGUCGUCCCUCUCCUCCCUCCCUUCGUAUACCGGUAACUAACACGCUUCCGCAUUCGCAUCGUAAACAUUGAACGUCGGUCACACAUACUGGUAUGACCAUCCCAAGUUAUCAUGGCGCGGCCAGGGAUGUUGUAUGAUGUUUACCUGGACAUUCCCAAAGUCAUACCGGCGGCCAAGGAUGUCGUGGGAUGUUUACCUUGACACCCCAGGGUCAUACCGGCGGCCGGGGAU